AUGAGGCUUUUCCAAAAGUACAGCGAAUUAGAUUUGAGAUAUCCAUUAUAAGAGCCAACACUAAUGACUAUUUCAGCAAUCGAAUUCUUUAUUAUGGGUCCCCUUUGCGUUUGGAUUGCUUUAAGAAUAAAAUAUCAAAGAAACGAGAUUUUAACAAAUUACUUGAUUGGAAUUACAUCAGCUAUCCAAAUAAUGGGAACAAUAUUCUUUGUUGCUAAUGAAUGGUCUAGAAACUUUAAAGAUGUUUGCCAAUAAAGUUGCUUCACCUAUACUUUUGAAAAUAUAUUUUAUUUUUGGAUAUUUUUUGUUGCUGCUAAUCCCGUAUGGAUCAUUGUUCCAUUAUUAUGUAUAAGAACAGCAUCUAUAAAUCUCUAAAAUAAGCUUGAGGGAAAAAGUAAAAGGGCUUGA